AGAGGCUCCCAUCUGGGAGGCUGGUGUGUGGGUCUUGGGCAUGGCUCAGCCACUGCCAAACCGUGACAGAGAGCCAUGCUUCCUCUGCUCCAUCUAGUUCCCCUCCCAGUUACUUGUGGCCAUGCGUGACUUUCUGAACCUCUCUAAGUCUCAAUUCCCUCUUCAUGAAGCGAUGGCAAUUUUUGUGAUUGUGAGGGUCAAGCCAGUCUGUGUGGCAGCUGGCACAGCACCGGGCACAUGCUCAGCACAGCGCCGACCAUGCUGUGGCCCCCGCUGCUGCCCCUGCUGCUGUUGCUGGCCGUGAGCUGGGUCCAGACGACCCGGCCAUGCUUCCCCGGGUGCCAGUGUGAGGUGGAGACCUUCGGCCUCUUUGACAGCUUCAGCCUGACACGAGUGGAUUGCAGUGGCCUUGGCCCCCACAUCGUGCCUGUGCCCAUCCCUCUGGACACAGCCCACCUGGACCUGUCCUCCAACCGGCUGGAGACUGUGAACGAGUCGGUGUUGGCAGGGCCAGGCUAUACCACGCUGGCCGGCCUGGAUCUCAGCCAUAACCUGCUCACCAGCAUCUCGCCCACCGCCUUCUCCCGCCUUCGCUAUCUGGAGUCGCUUGACCUCAGCCAUAAUGGCCUGGCAGCCCUGCCUGCAGACAGCUUCACCAGCUCGCCCCUGAGUGAGGUGAACCUCAGCUACAACCGGCUCCGUGAGGUCCCAGUGUCCGCCUUCACCACCCACGGCCAGGGCCGAGCGCUGCACGUGGACCUCUCCCACAACCACAUCCACCGCCUCGUGCCCCACCCCGCUGGGGCCAGCCUGCCCACGCCCACCAUUCAGAGCCUGAACCUGGCCUGGAACCGGCUCCGCACUGUGCCCAACCUCCGGGACUUGCCCCUGCGCUACCUGAGCCUGGAUGGGAACCCGCUGGCCGCCAUCGGCCCAGGUGCCUUCACAGGACUGGCUGGCCUGACACACCUGUCGCUGGGCAGCCUGCAGGGUCUCCCCCAACUGGCACCCUAUGGUUUUCAUGAGCUGCACAGCCUGCAGGUCCUAGACCUGUCAGGCAACCCCAAGCUCAAGUGGGCAGGAGCGGAGGUAUUCUCAGGCCUGGGCUCCCUGCAGGAGCUGGACCUGUCGGGCACAAGCCUGGUGCCCCCACCUGAGACGCUGCUCCUCCACCUCCCAGCGCUGCAGAGCGUCAGUGUGGGCCAGGGCAUGAAGUGCCGGCGCCUGGUACGGGAGGGUGCCUACCCCCGGCAACCUGGCUCCAGCCCCAAGGUGGCUCUGCAAUGCAUAGACAUUGGGGAACCAGCUUCCAGGGCUUCCAGGGGCCUCAGCAUCUUGUGACAAAUGGUGUGGCCCUGGGCCACACGACAGACUGCUGCCCGGGCUGACUCAGGUCCUGGGUAAUUUAUAUUUGAAUGUGCCAAUGCCAGUGGGGACUCUGCAAGCCUGUAUGGCAGCAGCAUCGAAAGACAGCUGUGGACUGAGAAGAGGCUUUGGACCUGGGACAACACCCAGGAGGAAAGCCUUGCCCUUUGUCUGUAUUGCCCCCACACCAUAAGCAGGGGGUCUUUGAUGCCAAACUGCACAGCUGCCCGCUGCUGUCCUUCCCCACUCGACCCCCAAGUGCCUUCCCUCAGGCCUGGGCCAACCUGACUAUGAGGAAGGUCAGAGGUCCGGUCCAUGGCUGAGUGCCCCCUUGGGCCCAUGGUCCAGCCACUCAGGGGCAUGGGUUUCUUUUGCUCCGGGCACAUGGGGCCCACUUUAUCCUUUUCUGUUCCCCUGGAGCCCUGGGUAGAACUUUAGUUACAGAAAGGACUGGGGGGUGCCCCCCUCCUCAUGUGGCCGAUGGGAGAACUGAGGCUCAGAGAGGAAAAUUGGUAAUCUGAGGUACUGCAGCGGCAGAGGCAUAACUGCCUCCCAGCCAGGCCCCUUUGCACUUUGCUGUCUUCUCUAAAUCAUGGCCUCCCUCUCCCCUUUCUGGGCUCCCCUUUGCUGCCAAGACCCACAUCCUACCAUUGGCACCCAUUUCCUGUCAUCCCGGGGAGGUAGGACUCUGGCCCACUGACCAGCUGCAAUGCCCGGGCUGUCACUUCACUUCUCAGAGCUUCUGGAAGCGUCAGGCAUGCCAGUCCCAGCCCUGCCAGUUUCCCACUCGGGUGGGGUCCCCCAGCAUCAAGACUGGAAACGUACCCAUUGAUCCUUGAGGUCCUGUUCCUAGAUGCUCCCCCAAGAUGUUGAUGCAGUCCUGGAGUCCCCCCCAACCCCCCUGCCACAAGCCAGGACGGGCCUUCCAGAUUCAGCCCCCACUGGCCCAGAGCCCACAGCCCACCUCCCCUACUGUGAGUGCAGCAGAAGGAGGCAGGCAGUCCCCACCCAGUAUUAUGUUCCCCCACCAGGGUGGCAUCUCAGCCUCCCAGCCCUGGCUCUUUCCUUAGGCUCGUUUUAUAGAUGUUGUCUUUUUUAUGGACUGUCACCUUUAACCCGUUCCCCACCCCCACCCCUGCUGGCAGGGGAUGCAAAGUGUCAUUUGUAAAAGAAAAAGAGUUGCAUUUGUUCACUUUCUGUAAGAGUGUGUCCUGGGGGGAUGUUGGGGAAGGAGGUGUUGGGUGGAAGCCAGCCAUCCGUGGCCAUGUGGGCAACAGGGGGCUGGUCCCACAAAGACACCGCAGGACAGUGAGAGCUCUGUCCCCCACCGGCCCCGCCCGGCACCUAACUAGUCCUUGGUUCAAUAAACGUUAGAAAGAGUCCCUCUUUCCAUCACUC